UCGGAAAAUAUCUGGCUCCUAGCUAGCUACUAGGAAUAGUUUCGUGCUGUCUCUAUCUGGUAGCUAUAAUAGUCAAUCGGCUUGUUGAUCAUGUCUUCUGAUACCGGUAGCAUUGGUACUGGCGCUAGUACUGGCGGUGCUGAUGCCGCUGCUAUUGGCAGUGCCAUCAACAAUAAGAAACAGAAGAUGUCUCCUCCCAUCGAAUCUCUUCUGUUGGACAAGAAUGAGAUUUGGAUCCAAGGCAUUCUUCCCCUUGUUGGUGUUGGACAGUACGCUUUUGUAGGAGCUGUCAACAAGAAGAUGAAUCAACUGUACAAAGAAUACUGCAAAAUUGAACUCGAGAAAAAUCCUCGAAAGGUAAAAGAUGGCCCGCCUUUGUUGGCUUCCAGACGCUCUGCAGAAAUCACCGACACUCUUUACAGCGAAACAUUCUGUAACCUGCCACGUGCAGAAUACUGGCUCAAGGACAAUUCCAGCCGCAAAAACCCUAGUCGCCAUCUUGUUUGCAAUGCAAUUGCCAUAGUUGGAAAUCUGACUGUCAUGCAAUGGGCACGCCAGCAAGGAUUUCCAUGGCAUGAGUACACAUCUAUCAAGGCUGCUAAACAUGGACAUUUGGAAAUGCUCCAAUGGUUAAGAGAGAACGGUUGUCCAUGGGAUCGUCAAACAUGCAAGGCUGCUGCUAAAUUUGGACACUUGGAAAUUCUAAAGUGGGCCCAUGAAAAUGGUUGUCCAUGGAAUGAAAAGAUUUGUGAAUAUGCUGCUAUAAAUGGACAUUUUGAGAUUUUAAAGUGGGCUCGUGAAAAUGGCUGUCCAUGGAAUGAACAGACAUGUGCCGGUGCUGCUCGACGAGGACAGUUGGAAAUUCUGAAGUGGGCACGUGCAAAUGGUUGUCCAUGGAAUGAAAAGACAUGUGAAUAUGCUGCUGAAGGUGGACGUUUGGAAGUUUUAAAGUGGGCACGUGCAAAUGGUUGUCCAUGGGAUCGUCAAACAUGUGAGGCUGCUGCUAAAUUUGGACACUUGGAAAUUCUAAAGUGGGCCCGUGAAAAUGUGUCCUGGAAUGCGUGGACAUGUAUGUAUGCUCUAUAA